AUGGCGCUCGAGGAAGACAGCCCGAGCUCUGUCCGUGCUACGCCGGGGAUCAACAUCGCCAAGGAAGGAGCGCUCACUCAAGAAUUCUCCUUCAUCCAGGAGCUCAUCUGGUCGGCGCCAUACAGGAAUCCUUUCCCAAGAUGCAGCGAUAGAGAUUUUGGCAGGGUAAUAUGGGGUCUCAAGGCCGUCAAGAGCGUUCCUGACCAGGAAUCGUGCGUACAAUCAGAUGCGUUGAUGCUCAUCGAUCUGAGGAGGACUCUUUGCAAUCUUCUCAGAACUUCUGGUCGUGAUGAAGCACAUCUGAUCAAGGUGGAAAACGAUCUCGACAACGUUUUGAUGCAGCACAUAGCCAGCAGCUGGAAGGAUGACGCGCAUCUACAGUCCCUCGAUCGAGACCUCUUGAUGGCUGAUAUCAAAGAGUGCCUGCACCCCAUCACCUUUUCCAUGCCCGAAUCGGAUGCAAGUUCUGUGACUCUGGAUGCAAAUCCUCCCCAAAAAAAUCUCGUCAAGGUUGAACCAUCACCAGCAGCGGAGGAACGAGAAGAAACUGUACCACUUCUCUUUGAGAGAGGAGCAAUUCCCGCAACAAACUCAAGCGACGAGGCUGAGGAACUUCUGGAUGUUGAGAUGACCAUGACGGCAAGGAUGUGCCGAGAACAAGGAGCACCAUCGUGGCGCGUAGUGUUUGGUCUCAUCAAUCAUAGCUCCUUCAAGAUCGACGUGGAUUCUCUGUCCUUCUGGCCCCGGGACCGAAUUUCAGACAUGAAAACGGUGAAGUGGACAAAGGGAGAAGUAUCACUGAACGAGAAGCCUGCUUUCAUCUGCUACAGCAUCAAGAGGCUUUCAGAUGGACAAGCGGAUUCUCCCCACUUUUGCUUUAGCUGGAGCUACAAGAAAUCAUCCAAGCAUGGCAAGCGAACGAGACUGGAGGCGGACGAAGUCUGUGUCUGUCCAAUGGGGAUGACAAACUCGGAUGAAUCAGAAGACAGGCUCAUUGGAAAGCGCAGAAACCUGUUGAGCUGAACAAGGAAUUAGUAGCAGCUUCCCGCUGGGCCGCUUCGUCCAGAUCAGGUAACCAUUUUCGUGCAUGUGAGACUCUUUCAAUCUGUUAAUAGAUUUCGAUCAAGGUCCCUGAA